UUUCAAUUAGGUAGCGGAAUGUUCAGUCCGGACAAUUCUCUAUACUUCAGGCGUUUAACACGAAGUGUUCGAGUAUCACAGUCUCUCUGUCUCUCGCCCCAUCAGUUUCCCUAGUCAUCGUGAUUGCUCUAGUUACAAUGUCACUUUCUUUCAUCUCCAAUGGUGAAGCCGCCGUCAAAUCCAAUCCCGCGCCGGUCUCCGGACGGGUCUCCUCAGUGUAUAGCGAAGUCCAGUCCAGUCGUAUCAACCACAAUCUGCCUCUGCCUUCUGUUCUCAAAAGUUCCUUUACAAUCGUCGACGGACCCCCUAGUUCUGCCGCUGGCAAUCCAGACGAGAUAGCCAAGCUAUUUCCUAAUCUUUUCGGCCAGCCAUCUGCAAAAUUGGUGUCAAGCGAUUCCACCAAAGUUCAACCGGACAAGAAGUUGAAGAUUGGUGUCGUGUUGUCUGGAGGCCAGGCCCCCGGAGGACAUAAUGUUAUCUCUGGAAUUUUUGAUUACUUGCAGGAUCACGUCAAAGGCAGUGUAUUAUAUGGCUUUAGGGGUGGCCCUGCCGGGAUUAUGAAAUGCAAAUAUGUGGAAUUGACUUCAGAAUAUAUUUAUCCAUACAGAAAUCAGGGUGGGUUUGAUAUGAUAUGCAGUGGGAGGGACAAAAUUGAAACUCCAGAGCAGUUCAAACAAGCCGAAGAAACAGCAAAAAAGCUUGAUUUGGAUGGGCUUGUUGUGAUUGGUGGAGAUGAUUCCAAUACAAAUGCCUGCCUUCUUGCUGAAAACUUCAGAGGUAAAAAUUUGAAGACCCGGGUAAUUGGUUGCCCCAAAACAAUCGAUGGAGAUCUAAAAUGCAAAGAGGUGCCCACAAGUUUUGGAUUUGAUACAGCUUGCAGGAUAUAUGCAGAAAUGAUUGGUAAUGUCAUGAUAGAUGCUAGAUCAACUGGAAAAUACUAUCAUUUUGUCCGGCUUAUGGGGCGUGCUGCUUCACACAUCACCCUAGAGUGUGCUUUGCAGACUCAUCCAAACAUUACUAUUAUUGGGGAAGAGGUUUCUGCUCAUAAGCAAACGCUGAAAAAUGUUACAGAUUACAUUGUAGAUGUAGUCUGCAAACGUGCAGAACUUGGUUAUAACUAUGGUGUUAUACUUAUUCCUGAGGGUCUGAUUGACUUCAUCCCGGAGGUACAACAACUUAUUGCAGAGCUAAAUGAAAUUCUGGCACAUGAUGUAGUUGAUGAUGAAGGAUUAUGGAAAAAGAAGCUUACUAGUCAAUCUCUUGAACUAUUUGAGUUUUUGCCUCAAGCAAUUCAAGAACAAUUGAUGCUUGAAAGAGAUCCACAUGGAAACGUUCAGGUUGCUAGAAUAGAAACAGAGAAAAUGCUUAUUCAGAUGGUAGAAACAGAGUUGGAGAAGAGGAAGAGUGAAGGUGCAUACAAAGGUCAAUUUAAAGGGCAAUCUCACUUUUUUGGAUAUGAAGGGAGAUGUGGUCUACCAACCAAUUUCGAUUCCACAUACUGCUAUGCAUUGGGUUAUGGUGCUGGAGCUCUCCUGCAGAGUGGAAAAACUGGACUAAUAUCAUCUGUCGGGAAUUUAGCUGCUUCUGUUGAAGAAUGGACUGUUGGUGGGACUGCAUUGACUUCAUUAAUGGACGUAGAGAGAAGACAUGGCAAGUUCAAGCCUGUGAUUAAGAAGGCAAUGGUCGAGCUUGAUGGGGCACCUUUCAAGAAGUUUGCUUCAUUGAGGGAUGACUGGGCAUUCAACAACCGAUACAUCAGUCCAGGUCCUAUUCAAUUCGCGGGUCCUGCAUCAAAUGCUGUUAAUCAUACUCUCCUCCUGGAACUUGGAGUUGAAGCUUAAAGUUAACUCCAAUCUGUAGUUUUGAUUCAAAUUUUAUUUCUUGAGGAAGCUUUCUGCCUGUGAUGGCCUUUUUAAUGUGGAAUUCUUGGAACAGUUUUCUUCAACCUGAGGAGACACCGGCAAUUAUGUAUUAUCUCAUGAUCAUAGAUAACCAUGGAGAUGGUAGAAACUUCAGCUUGAUUAGCAUUGUUCUCAGUGUAAGGUAUUAAUUUGAAUUGCGGAUGUUUUGUGGAAUAAUAACAGUUCUGUUAGUUUGAUGGGGAACUUGUUCUGACCAUUAAAGAAUUUUGAAGGAAAUAAGGUUGUCCAA